UAAAUCCCCGCUUUUAGUUCAAGCCGUGUGGGUCUCAUAUUGAAGUCUUAACAGUAUAAAAGCUCUGUCGGAUGCAGAGGCUAGCAUCAGUUAAUAUCUGAAGUAAUUCGGUUAUCACUUAAUACCAAAUAAUAAAAACUCUAGCAAACAUGUUCAAAUUGAUUGCUCUCGCCUGCAUUUUCGCUGUUGCCGUUGCUGCUCCAGGAGGAGUCGUUGUUGCUCCAGUAGCACAUGUUGCCUCAGUUGCUCAUGUUGCAGCCCCAGUUGCUGUUAGCCAUUCAUCCAGCCAUGUAGUCCAUAGUGCACCCCUUGUAAAGACUGUUGUUGCUGCCCCCGUUGUCAGGACUGUUGUACCAGUAGCUCAUGCAGUUCCAGUAGCCCAUGCUGUUCCAGUUGUCGCCCAUCACGCCGCUGUUGUCCCAGCUCACUCAGUCCUUGUCCAUCAUUAAGCAAGGAUAAAUUAGGAUUUUUUAUAAUUUUUUUUUUUGAGAAUGUUUUUUGAAAAGUUUGUAGAAAGAUCGGUUGUUUAGUAAAAGCAAAUUUUCAGUUUUUAAA